UAAUAAGGCAUGGAAGAGCGUGAAGUACUCACUGGGCCUACCUUUCCCAAAUCUUCCCUAUCUAAUAGACGGUGACGUCAAGAUCAUAACAUUUGUAGACUUUAUAGCUUAUGAUCUGUUUGACAUCCAUCGCGUAUUCUCACCAGGCUGUUUAGACGGCUAUAAGAACAUAGCUGAUUACAUGGAAAAUUUUGAG